GGAUCCAGGAUGCUUUGGGGCGGAUGGGGGAGAGGGGCAGAGAGUGCGAGGCAGAGGUAGAGAGGGUGAGUCUCUAUCGUAAGGGGGACACAGGAACCACAGGUCCUUCUGCUCCUUGCAUUUCACCUUUAGGAACAGGAAAAGACUGAGAGGGGGAGCGAAAGAAAGGCAGGAAAAAAAAGGAUAUGAAAAGAACAUGAAAGAAAGAAAUCGUCAUUAAACGCACUACGAAGUUCUCUCUCUUUCCCUCUCUUCCUCCAUCUCGCACCUCUCCUCAAUUUAAUCUUAAAUCCACUCCAAUUUCCCCCAGGGGACUCAAUUCUCUCUUUUCCUAGAGACAGACAGAAGGAGAGGGGGUCCAUUCCUCCUGGUCGAGUGACACCAGGAAUUUCCUCUUUCUCUCUGCUCCGCUCCCAGGCUUCCCCAGCAACCUCCCCUCGACCAUGACACUGCUGGCCUCCGAGAGGUCGCUUCUCAUCCGGAACAAGUUCCGAUCAGUGCUGCAGUUGAGGAUUCAGAACCGGAGGCAGAGUGAAAUCAAUGCAGACUCUGGAUUGAAACCUACUGCUCCAGCUCAAAAAACAGAGAAAGACCUGAGUGAAGCUCUGCGUCUAAAUGAAGAUGGUGCCACUCAGAAGUUGCCCCCUAGUGGUCUGAACACUAAAACCACACAAGUAGAGAGGAGUGUGUGUGGCGCCCAGAGGCAGAAGAAGGCUCGCCAGGUGCAGGACCUCACCGAGAGGAUCCAUUGUCAGCCUGGACCUGUGGAGCAUCAGCACCAACACACGCUGCCCCUGGAGAACCGUUCGGCCUCCUUCCCUCUCUCCGCUGAUGUCUUCGAAGAUGACAUCUCCUCCUGUGCCUCCUCCUCGCCCACUGGGCAACAUGGCGUUCACCAAUCACCGGCCUAUUCUUCUCUACCAGGGCUCCCAGGCGACCAAUUACUGAGUGACUUCUCAGCUGUGUGCCCGCCCCUUAACCACAGCCCCGCUCAUGCUCAGUCUGGUUUGACGUUGCUCCCGGCAACCGAGGGCAUCAGACAACCUAUGACUGUAACGCUGGGUGAAUCAAACUCCAUGGCAACAACUGGGAGACCAAAUGGGAUGUUUCUGACCUCUCAGACCACCCCCCUGCUGCCAAAGACAGCUCAGCCUCCCAGCCCGACCUGCUCCUCCUUGAACUUCAACCACCUCCCCCGCCCACGGAAACCGAGGGACACCAAACCCAAAAUGAGGAAACUCAAGUAUCACCAGUACAUUCCUCCGGACCAGAGAGGAGCUUCUGGCACUGGAGCGGGAGGAGCCAAACAGAAGAGCACUACCCCUACCCAGUCUCUGGACCCAGCCUAUUCCCACCUCUUGAAGCAGCAGCAGGUCAUCCUCCAGCUUCAAAUCCUCCAGAACCAGCAGCAGCAGCAACAACAACAUCAGCAGCAGCAGCAGCAGCAGCAGCAGCAGCAGCAGCAACAGCUACAACCCCAGCAACAGGUCGCUGUUGUAUCCAGCAGAGAUCACUGUGUGAAAUCGUCCGGAGCCCUGCCCCUCAACCCCCAACCUGUGCCUGCCACAACCAAUCACACCCCCAUGGACGCAAACCCAACGUCCAACCCUGAGCCUCUGCCUGCGAACCUUGUUGAUCUUACAGUGUCAGAGUUGCGGCAGCAGCUGCGUAAGCGUGGCCUCCCCGUCUCCGGCACAAAGCCGGCCCUGUUGCAGCGUCUACUUCCCUUCCAGCUCCCUCACACUCACCUCCCCCCUGCUCCCUUAUGCCAACUGGGUGCCAACCAGGAGCCCCUCACUCCAUGCCCCCUGCUGCCACCCAGCCAGAGCCCUGGCUCCAGCUCCAGCUCUGGACCGGACUCGCCCGGCAGCCCGAACCAACAGCUCUACAUCCAGGACAGAGGAAUUCCUAAUGGGAUUCUCAGUGACAGUCCAAAUGGAAAUCUGAAUGCCGUCCCGAGCAGGUUCACAAAUGCUGCGUCAGUCAGUUUGGCAGGCGAACAGUGCGGUCUGACCAACGCCGUCUUCCUGGCUCCUGCCAGCACCGCCUCAGGAACUCCCAGUCCCAGUCUCCCCAUGUCGUCCUCUUCGCCCCUGCAGUGUGUGACUCCCUGGAGAACUGAGAGCGAGCAGCAGCAGCAGCAGCAGCAGGAGCUGAAUGUGGAGCUGGAGAUGAGGCAGAGGAUACGGAGCAGGCCCAGGGACCGCUCCACUAGCACUGGGAAUGAGUCUUGUGACGGAUCCCUGCAUCCUUUCCUGCAACAGGAUCCAGGAUGCUCUCGGGGGAAACCAGAAACAGAUGCACAGACAGAGGUGUUGUUCACACAGGUGUUUUGCUUUCAACCAUGUGAUGUGAUUGGCCAGGACUUUGAGCUGCCGGUGCAGAUUACAGCCAGUCCUGUGCAGACCUUGCCCAGCGUUCGCAGUUUGGAAGAAGAGCUACAGGAGGCUAUCCAGAAAGCACAGAUGGACCCUCGGCAGUCCAUAGAUGACAUUUUGGAUGAGCCUAUUACUUGCGAUGGCUCUGUCAAUGUCUCUGAUCUUAAAUCCCCGGCCCACUCUGCCCCCGGCCCAUCUCCUCCUCCUCCUCCUCCUCAAGUUGAUCAGUCCCAGGCCUCCCAGCAGCACACCAGGGACGACAACUUCCUGCCCUCGCCACUUUGCUCGUCUCUCUUGCUGGAGCUACCUCCAUCUCCCGCGGUAAUAAACCCCAGCCAGGUUGUGCCAGCUCCUCCCCCACCUCCCAUCUGCACCUCCCCUCUGCCGUCCACUGUGAAGUCACGGAAGCGACGGGCCCCGACUCUGUUUGACGCUGCCGACUGGCUCGAAACGCUGACGUGUGGCCUCCGCCCUCUCACCCCACCGACAGCUCCCUUUGUUGAGUCAGACUUCAGUCUGGAUUCAGAUUUGAAUGUCAAUCGAGUGUUGGAUCUGAUGAUAGAGCAGUGGUGAGGAUUUGUGUGCACAUAACUUACGUGUUUAUUUUUGAUGGUAAUGAAUGGGGCAAAAUGUAUGCAUCCCCCAGAGGGCACAAGAUUGUGAUUAGAGGCCCCCCAUCCGUCCAUCCAUCCCUGAUCUGAUAGGCUGCCAGAGUCACCGGCUCCACGCAAUGUCGAGAGCUGGAAUCAUCGCAGCGAUCAGAUCAAACAUGGCUUUGAUGGGGCAGCAAGAGCACAAACACAUGCACACACAUGCAUCCGACGCACACAUAGACACUGCAUAGCGCUGUUUUAAAGCACUUGGGCUCAGCCGGGGAAGGCAAACAAGCAACACAUCUGUGGACUGACACACUCCACGGCACAAUGUUUGCAGUGCAAAACAAAAGAAAACCUGGUGGCUUAUUAAUUUAAACAUGCUUCCUGGCUGCACUGGGAGAAUGUUGUUUCUGACUUAUCUCCAAAAACCCGCUGUUGGACUGGGUGGAGUGUGGCCCCUGGUGUUGACUCAGUCAUAGAGUCCUAACCAUUCAUAAAGCCCAUUUAGAGUGUGUAAAAAGCCAGACAGAGCACACAGCUUGUGUGUGGCUCCAGACCUUAACCCCGGUGCCAGACACACAGUCGGCAUGCAGAGAGAGAAAGCUGGCACAAGCCACAAACAAGCAGUGUGUGUGUGCGUUUGUGUGUUUGUGUGCAUGUUUGUUAAGUAUGCGUGUGUUCAAUAUGUCUGACUAUGUGUGACUGUGCACACAAGACUGCUUUUGUUUGUAUGUGUCAACACACAAACGCUUCCAUGUAUAUUUAUCAGCAUUAAUGCCAAAAUGCACUUGUAGCUAUUUGUUUGCUCACGAUCACAUGUAUGUGUGUGUGUGUGUGUGAAUGUGUGAGUGCGUGUGUGUAUGCGUGUGUGUGUGAGAGGAUACAUGUGAAAGACACAGGAAAGACGUGGAGGAUUUUCUGUGUCCACAUCCAGACCAGACAUUUCGUUGUAGUCUCUUUUCCAGCGGGCAGUAACUCCAGUGUAGUUAUCCAGUGUAAUCAUCAGGAAAAAAACCCAUGUUACCUUGCUCAAGUUAUCCAGUGGAGCAAUCAGGCAACCACCCAGCAAACAGUCCUCGUACAAAUGAACCAAUCAGACGAGAGAAAGUUUCCUCAUCACUUUGUAAAAAAAAAACAGAAAAAAACAGGUGGUCAUUUUGUUCCCUUAUUAACCCCCGACAGCGCGUGGCCCCGCUGCUCGGAGCUUACGCUGCUACUUGCAAAGCCAGAUUUAGCACGAUUUAUGACCCGACCCCACACCUGUUCACUUUUUGUAUUUGAAUUCCACAAAUGUUUCUAUUUGACAUUGCUGUACAAUACACAAAAAGAAUGACCACUUCUAUUAAGAGAAAAUGCACUGUAGAAUUAGCACAAGAAAAUAUAGAUGUAGGGAGAAUAUGAAAGUAGUCGUGUGGCCCGGAGAUGAGCGCGGAGCUGAUGCAGUAAAAUGCUGCACAUUCUCUUAAUGGCGACAGUGAUGUUGCUUUUAUAUUGUACAUGAUUUACUGGCGGCGCAGGAAAGGGUACAUUAUUUGUUUGCAUAAUCAACGUUCAGUGAGUUAUGUCCAUUCUCAACCCCCACUUAACAUAAUGACAUUAAAGGGAAAGAACUGACGGAGGCUAGCUGCCAUUAGCCCCUGCUGUACCACAUAAAUGUAAUUUAGAUACAAAGUCCCAUCUACAUAAAAUUACAUUCUGCCAUUGAUUGGCCCACCGACCCAUCAAUCAUGUUUGGAGAGCUCUGAUUGGCUCAUCCAUAUCUGGAACAUUAAUCUCGUUCCAUAACUAACUGGACGUCCUUCUUUAUGACCACUUUAUUUUGAAAAAAAGGCGGCAGAACCGGGCAGAUCUGAGGUCAUGUCACGUUUGUUGUCGGCCUGUUAUUUUUUUUGUUCUGAUGAUGAACUAGUGUCUUACCAAGCAAGACAGCCGCAGUGGAUUCUUACUAGAAGAAGAUAUCUGUGCAUCUGCACAUCUUCAGCACGAUAUUACAGCUUUAUGUUGAAGCAGUUGUUGAACAGCUUUCACUAGAGACACUAUGAAAAAUGCAGCUCAGUGUGAAUGGACCGCUGUGAUAAUCACGGUGAUCAAUAAACGUUGCCUGCUGCAUAAAAAAAAGAAAGGAAAAAUUGGCAGGAGAGUAAGAUGCUACCUCCUGUGACUUCCAGUGCUUUAGGGCCCACACCAGUGUUUUCCUUGUUUCUCAUUUAAUUUCCCAACACUGGAGCAGAGUCUUCCUGGAGCGAACCCCUGAGACGCUUCCACAGGUUUGGUUAAACCUCCCGAAGACGUCAGCUGGAAACAUUGGGGUGUUUCAGGUAACUGAGACUCUGUUGGCCACUUCUGCUGCUAUUGUAAAAUGUGAGACAAGAUAAAAUGUGUUUGCUUUUAUUUAUUAUGUAACUUAUUCAUGCAAAAUGAUAUCACCCUCUGUCCAAAAUGUAUUUAAAAGCAUUGAGAAAAUUAAAGUCUUAAUAGAUUUUC